CACACACACACACACACACACACACACACACACACACACACACACACACACACACACACACACACACACACACACACACACACACACACACACACACACACACACACACACACACACACACACACACACACACACACACACACACACACACACGUGCAGUUCCCGAGGCAGCUUCGCGGCCGUCACGCCCGGCAGAGCUCAGCUGGCGGGCGGCACACACACCUGGGCGCGUGGCCUGGGUGCGUGGCCGAGGUGCCCUGGGCUUGGGGCGGCGGGGCGCUGUGACGUGGCUGGGCGGGAUAUAUAAGUGUGGAGGGCGCCGCGCCGCUCAGUCUCGCCAGCACCACCCCAAGCAAGGCGAGUCUUGACCUCUGCGCCAUCACUGCUGCCUACACUGACCCCGCGUGACCUGGGCUGUCCUGCCACGCCCCUGCAGGCACCACCACUUAUACGUCACCAGCAGCAGCACCGGCAGCAGCAGCAGCAGCAGCAGCAGCAGCAGCAGCAGCAGCAGCAUUUCAACAGACAGUCACUGUUCUAGUACGUGUCCCUUGGCAGCAUGAGUGGGCGCCGCCCCCACAUCAGCCUGGGCUUCCUGACGCCCCCAGACCUCGAGCCCUGGCGCAAGACCAGCACGGGCAGCACGGGUAGCGCGGCCAGCAGCGGCAGCGCGGCCAGCAGCGACACCAGCAGCGGCAGCGAGGCCAGCACGCUGAGCGACCUGAGCAGCAGACGCAGCAGCGCCGUCAGCACCUCGUGUGGCUGCGCCCAGUGCGCCUCGGGGCGCCUCAGCGCCGCCUUGCUGGAGGACGCAGCAGCAGCAGCAGCAGUAGGGGCCGCUGGCGCCGGGUGGCGCGGCUGCGGCGUGGCGGUGCGGCGCCUGUCCCUGCAUCGCGAGGCGUCGUGGACGGAGGUGUCGCACCGGCAGCUGCUGGGGCGCCACCCUCACCUACAGGCGUGCCUCGCCGCCACGCACACACCGGAGGGCCUAUUGCUGCUGCUGGAGGCGGCUCCCUGCGGCGACCUGUCAGCCUUCCUGCGUGUAGGCGGCGUGGGCGAGGAGCGGGCGCGGGGCGUGGCGCAACAGGUGGGAGCCGCCCUGCAGCACGUGCACGCCCGCGGCCUGGUGCACGGCGACCUGCAGCCCCGCCACGUGCUGGUGUGUGACCGCGGCCUCACCUCCUUCAAACUAGGCGGCUUGCAUGCCGCGCGCCCCCGCGGCGCGCCUGUGGAAGCAGGGCCCCGGGGACCCCUGGCGCCCCCAGAGGUGCGGGCCGGGAGCGGCGACCCCUACGCCGCGCACCCCGCGCAGGACGCGUGGCAGCUGGGCCUGCUGCUGGUGGCCUGCCUCACGGGGGCGCUGCCCUGGGCCGCCGCGGACCCCGCUGACCCACACUACACUGCCUGGGCGGCAUGGGCGCGCCGCGCCUCCUCCAGACUGCCGCCUGAAUUCAGGAUCUUCUCGCCGCGGUUCCUGCGCCUGCUGCGCCGCCUGCUGCACCCUGACCCGGAGCGGCGAGGCGCGGUGCGCACCCUGGAUAAGUACCUGCGGGACCCCUGGCUGGCGGGGGGCCCCUCCAUGCUGACACAAGCGCGCCGCGGCUUCACCAGGGCCUUCGCCUCGCUCAAGUCACACCUGACCCACGCCCCCGCCGCGCCCCACGUCCACGCCGCCGCCAGCGUCACUGUCGCUCUCUCCUAGCGCCACGCCGCCAGCCCCCCCACCCCCACAACCAAUAGGUGGUGCUCCGCGCGCCGCCCCUCAGGGACCACUAUUAAUGUUAAGCUUACUCAAUAAAUAAAGAUGUUAUUACUGUA